UUUUAAAUUUAUUUAUACUUCAAAAUCAAAAAUAGAUGUAAAAUAAUAUUUACCCCAAAACAAGAAAGGAUAUCAAAUUCGGACCCAAAAUCCUGUCGAUCUCUCUCGGGUUGCAUUUCAAUUGUAAGUGUUUGUCUACUGAUUUUGGCUGAAGGGUCUGAAAAUUCAAAAGGGAGGAACAAGAAAAAGAAAGAAAGACAUGAGUGAUAUAGUGGGGGGACCUGAUCCUUCUGCAAUUACUUCAGUAACAGCAGAAUCAUCAAAAACUACUGGUUUUGAUGCAAAUCGAAUUUCUGAAGUGAAAGCUUGGCUUACUUCACAAUUUGACGCUGUGGGUAAAGAUGUCCCUGAUUUUGAGUACACUCCUCGAAGCAUCGCUGAAUUACACAAGAUUGCCACUCUUUCGCAAGCCAAAACUCAAGCCUCUGCUAUUGUUGCCAAUGAUUACCGCCAAAAAGCAGCUGAGUACAGGUCCCAAGCUGCUAGGAUAAGAGAGAUACUGGAGAGUGUGGGAUUGGCCCAAGAGAGUUUACCAUCUAAUGUGGUUUCAUCUGCACAUGUUCUUGCCAAGGUUGCAAAUUUGUUGGAUGUUAGAGAUACUGAAUUAAGUAGUUUUCUUGUUGCAGUGGCAGAUCUUUCUCUACGGAAAACAGCAGUAGAAGAGAAGAGAGCUAAAGUGCAGCAGGAAUCAAAAGUUCUUCUUGAAUACACUCGAAAGGCAAUAGCAAGAUUGACUUAUUUGAAAAGAACACUCUCACAGCUUGAAGAUGAUAUUGCUCCAUGUGAAGCACAAAUGGAGAACUGGAAAACAAACUUAGCAAUUAUGGAGUCAAAAGAGAGGCAGUAUUUGCAGGAGUAUGGUUAUUAUAAGGCUGUGCUCAACCGUGUUGGUUACACCCCAGAGAUAAGUCACGGGGUAUUGGUCGAGAUGGCAGAGCAUAAGAAAGACUUGGAGAAGAAAACAAAACCAAUUCUUGAUACUCUGAGAAGCUAUCAAGACUUACCUCCUGAUAAAGCCUUAGCAGCGUUGGCAAUCGAGGACAAGAAAAGACAGUAUGCUGCUGCUGAGAAGUACCUUGAAGAUGUGUUGCAGUCUGCUCUUGCCUCCUCAGAGUGACGUAGAAUGCUUUUCUUUGAACAUCGCCUUCACUUCAGCUCGUAGUGCCUUGCCUGUCAAACAUUUGGUAAAUGAGAUUGGGAUUGAUUUUCUUUCGACUCGUUUGUGCUAUUUUUAUCCUUCACUUUUUGUAUGUGCCAUGAUGGUGUAUUCUCAACACUGCAAAUAACUCUUGAAAUUGACUCAUUAUGAUUUGUGUAAUUUGAAAAGGAAAAAGUUUAUGGUAAAGCCUAUUUCCUUUGUAUUUUUA